ACCGAACUAACAAACCGUAAGGAAAUCUCCGGUUCAGUUAAAUCGUCUUUCUUUCCGGUUCAGUCAAGUUAAGUAUUGAAUAUUAAUUUUUCUAACAGCUGAGCAAAGAAAGAAAGAGAAGGAGAGAAAGGAUGAGCGAGACGAGACCAGUGCCGAGGAGAGAAAGCCCGUGGGGUUUACCGGAAGGUCACCGUGAGCCCAAAGCUCACCGCUGCAACGAUCGCGUCGAGGACGUCGUCCAGGCGUUUUUCGAGGGAAACCCAUUUAAGACAGUUCCAGGACCUUUUAAACUAUUCUACCGUUGCAUGCGCUCUAAGCCAGGAGAGGAACCAACAGAGCCAUUCACAUACCUUGACCUGGAACCUCCAAAGAGACAAGCAAAACUUGAAGAAAAGUGAACUACCCACUCCUUUUUUAUUUACCUUGCAGCUUUUUAUCUGACCAUGUAAGCGCUAAUGCUAAGAUAGUGAUUUUAAGUUUUCAUUCAUGUAUCAGCAACAUCUUCUGACUUUAUCAUGAUGCCAAUAAAAUUAAUAUUUGAGUUUCAUU